AUGGCGGGGCGGCCGCGGCGGCGGGGCGUCGUCUACCGCUCGUGCUGGGCGCGCGGCGGCACGGGACGGAAGAAGGCGGGUCCCGGGGGUCCCGGGUCCCGCCCGCCCUCCCCCGGGGCCCGCUCCUACUUCCACGACGAGGUAGACGAUUUCCACGAGGCGCGGAGCAGGGCCCUGCUGCGGGGGGGGCGGCCGAGCCCGGACCGGGGGGAGGACGGGGAGGGGGAGGACGGAGAGGAGGAGGAGGAGGAGGAGGAGGUGUUGGGCCUCGAGCUGGGCGACGACGACGACGAGGAGGAGCAGUCUGAGGAGGAGGAGGACGAAGAGGAGGAGCAGUCUGAGGAGGAGGAAGAGCAUCCUGAAGAGGGGGUACUGGGCCUCCAGGACCAGGAGAAGGAGAAAAAGAAGCAUCCCGAAGAGGAGGAGGAUCGGGUGGUGCUGGGCCUCGCCCUCCGGGACCAGGAGAAGGAGAAAAAGCAUCCCGAAGAGGAGGAGGAGGUGGUGGCGGGACCGGGCCUCGGCCCACAGGACGAGCGGGACAAGGAAAAAGACCAUCCUGAGAAGGAGGAGAAGGAGGAAGGGCAGCCGGAGGCGGGACCGGGCCUCCAGCUGCGGGAGCAGGAGGAGGAGGAGGAGGAGGAGGAAGAGCAGCGGCCUGACGGUGGCGAGGAGCCUCGGGAGCGAAGGAGAGAGGAUGAGGAGGACGACGAGGACGGAGAGGAUGAGGAGGAUGGAGAGGACGGAGAGGAUGAGGAGGAUGGAGAGGACGACGAAGACAACAGCGGGAGCUCGUCGCAGAGCGACGCCGAAGCCCCCGCGGACCCCACGCUGUCCUGGGGCCGGAGGAAGAAGGCCUACUACGACACCGACUACGGGCCGGAGGCCGCGGGCCGGCGGAGCCGGGGGGAGGCCGAGCGGCGGCAGGAGGAGGAGGAGGAGGAGGAGGAGGAGGCGCGGGCCAUCCAGCUGCGGCUGGCCCGGGCCCUGCGUGAGGACGACUUCGGCGUCGGCUGGCUGGGGGCCUCGGCCGAGCCCGCCCCGCGGGGCCCCCGGACCGACCCCCGGGUGGUCCGGGACCUGGGCCGGCUGUCCCGCAAGGACCAGGCGAAGAUGCUGAGGAAGGAGUCGCCCGAGCUGCCGGAGCUGCUGGAGGACCUGAAGGCCAAGCUGACCGAGCUGAAGGAGGAGGUGGAGCCCCUCCUGAGCCUGGCGGAGACCGGCGUCAUCCCCCGGGGACGAGGGACCCGCUACCUGCGGACCAAGUACAGCCUCUACCUCAACUACUGCUCCAACGUCAGCUUCUACCUGGUCCUCAGGGCCAGGCGAGCCCCCGUCCACGCCCACCCCGUCGUAGAGAGGCUGGUCGCCUACCGCAACCUCAUCGGCCAGCUGGAGGCCGUGGAUCGGAAACUAGAGCCCGAGAUCCGCCGCCUCCUGGGCCCGGGACCGGGGAGAAGGAAGCCGCGGGCCGAACCCGCAGCCCGCCGCGAGCCCUCCCCGGACGAGGGGGCCGCGCUCGAGGUCCCCGCGGCGACGGAGGAGCGGCUGAAGGCGAAAAGGAAGAAGGGCGACCCGAGGGCCGGCGACACCCAGCCCGCCCGAGAGGGCGGAGAGCCCGACGCCAAGAGGGCCGUCACCUACCAGAUGGUGAAAAACCGAGGGCUGACCCCCAGGAGGAGGAAGAUCGAUCGGAACCCCAGAGUCAAGCACCGGGAGAAAUACCGCAAGGCCAAGAUUCGCAGGAAGGGGCAGGUCCGGGAGGUCCGGAGAGAAGAGCGCCGAUACGGCGGGGAACUGUCCGGCAUCCGCGCCGGCGUGAAGAAGGGCAUUAAGCUGAAAUAAACGCCCGUGGCUCACCGCGAGCCCCGGGUGACGCGUCUCCGGUCAAUAAAUUUUUCUACUUGAAA